AUGGAGUGGGUGAGGGGAGAGGUGGUGGGCAGGGGCAGCUUCUCCACCGUGAACCUGGCGGCGGUUCGCCGGAAGCACGAAGACCCGCCGGAGUUGAUGGCCGUCAAGUCCUCUCUCCUCUCGGAGUCCUCCAUGUUGAUACGGGAGAAGGAGAUCCUCGACGAGCUCGCCGGAUGCCCGGAGAUCGUCCUCUGCCGCGGAGACGAGGUGACCGUCGAGUCCGACGGCCGGCGGUUGUACAACCUCUUCCUGGAGUACGUGGCGGGGGGCCCUCUCUCGGAGCUCUGUCGGGGGAGGGCGAUGGCGGCGCACGACGUCCGCCGCUACGCGAGGUCCAUCCUCAGGGGGCUCCGGCGGGUCCACUGCGCAGGGUACGUCCACUGCGACGUGAAGCCGGAGAAUGUGCUCGUCGCCGGCGCCGGAGCGGCGAAGAUCGCUGACUUCGGGCUCGCGAAGCGCGCCGGAGAGGCGGCCAGCGGGGGUGGGGGGCAGCUGCGGGGGACGCCGCUGUACAUGGCGCCGGAGGCGGUGGCGAGGGGGGAGCAGGAGCCGCCGUCGGAUAUCUGGUCGUUCGGGUGCGUGGUGGCGGAGAUGGCGACGGGGGAGCCGUCGCGGCGGCGCCGGGCGGGCGAGGACCCCGCGGCGCUGCUCUUCCGCAUCAUCUCCGGCUGGGACCGGCCGGAGAUUCCCGCGGAGCUGCCGGAGGAGGGGAGGGACUUUGUAUGCAGAUGCUUUGCCAGAGAUCCCAGAGAGAGGUGGACGGCGGAGAUGCUGCUCCGCCAUCCCUUCCUCCAGUUCUCCACCGACGGCGACGGCGCCGCCUCGACGACCCCUUCUCCGAGGAGCGUCUUCGGGUUCCCGGCGUGGGUGUCGCCGGCGUCCCCCCGCCCCUCCGCUGGCUCCUCGACGUCAUCGCCGACGCCCAUCGAGCGCCUCCGGCGGCUCUCCGCGGGCUCGCCGGAGUCCGAGUGGGACGCCUCCGGCGACCCCUCCGGCCACUCCGCCGGCGGCCGGUGGAUCACCGUGAGGCCACUGCAACACUGCAACAGCUCCUCGAUUGAUCGGUCAUGGAUCAGCCCCCGAUUCAACCAGAGAAUCAUAUAA